AUCAUGAUGGAUGACGAUGCUCCUUAUGCCCUUGUAGAGUACCGCACGUAGCUUCGUUUACUCAUCGACGUGUGAAACGCACCGCACAUGAAACGCAUCAUACAGCACAGCAUACACAUAUGCAGAGAAGAAAUACAGUCGCAUUCCUAAUUUUACCGGCCCCAGCAUCGCAUUCAGCAGCAGACAUCGUGAUAUUAUUGGCCUUUUAAUCUAUUCCUCAUCAUCAACAUAUUGGCGAUGAUGAUGAUGUCAGGCUGAUAUCUACGUUCGCCCGGGUGCGGAGCUGAAUAGUCAAGCAUAUAGAAAAAAAAGAGAAGAGAAGAGAAGAGCAGAAGCAGCAAGUGUAGCACCGGUAACAGCUAUAUAUAGCUGCAGAGGAGAGGAGAGGAGAGGAGAGGAAUCAUGGCGGUGAUUCUCAAGCAUUACUACCCGGUCCUGCUCCUCGUCGUCGUGCACAUCUUCCGCCGGUGUCCGACGGUGAAGCGGGUCCGCGAACUCACGUCCCAGUACCCCUUCUACCCGUUCAUCAUCACUUCCACGGGGGACCACUUUUUCUGCCAAUACGUGUCCAGUAGUAACUUGAUGACGUGUGCUGCCCUGUCGGUGCUGAUUGUGCUGACUGCCGUCAUGUUCUAUGCCGAGGACAAGAAGAUCUUGCAAACGUCGGUCUUGUUUACGGUGCCAGUGGGCGCCUACUGCGUCUACCUCUUUUCCGAGUCCAUCGUGGUGCACGAGGUCGCCCUGGAAUUGGAGUCCGGCCCGGAAAUGAAGAGGAGCAACAGGAGCAGCACUACGGUCAAGGCCGACGGUGGGGGUCAGCAGCAGCAGCAAGGCUCAGGGGAAGUGCCCCAUCCUGCUAGCGCCGCCGCUGCGAACAACACCACCGCCGCCGCCGCCGCCACCACCACCAACUUCCCUGGCAGUCAGACGGCGUCCCAGCAGAAGCCGGACGGGCCUGAGGCGGCCAGCAAUAAGGACUACAACAAGGCGUCGACGGCCUACCCGUUUGGCUCGAGCGGUGCUGGAGCUGGUGCCUCGUCGGACACAGCACGCGGUGGCGGAGGCUUGAAUGCUUCGUCUACCGGCCUCGAGCGGGUGAAUGUGCUGCAGUACUACGUGUUUCGGAGGAACCACCUGGUGGCACAGGGCUCCCCCUACAACGUCUUCAUCCGGCUGCACCUCAAGCGCCUGGCCUUCUCCUACGACUCCUACUACUUGGCCCUAGAAGGGUACAAUAUCCAGCCGGAGAAGCUGAUCGCCGACGACGAGAACCUGGAGAAGGUGCGACACCUGGGAAAGAAAAUCGCAGAGAGGCUGGGCAUCUCGUACUACGACGUCCAGACAAUCUCGGACCACCACCAGAUGAACCAGGCCAGCCUGAAGCGCAUGUGGGAGCAGCGACAAGUGGAGCUGAUGGACACGCUGCGACGACGCCGCGACUUUGUCCCGCGCAUCCGCAAGAUUGAGCUGGACGUGGAGAGUCACGAGGCUCGGCCGGCGGUCGUGGCGGCGUCCGCUGCCAGCAGCAGUAACAGGGACCACAGCUCCAAGUCCACCAAGGCCAUGUCCUUCAUGUCGACUGCAACUGCAACUGCUGGUGCACCAGGGGGAGGGGGAGCAGGAGCAACACCACCACCAGGUGCUGGUGGCAUCGGGGGCCCGGGCAUCAUCAGCAGCAGCAGCAAGCGUCAUCACCAGCAGUUGCGCGGAUCGACCACGUCCGUCUAUCACUAUAACCCCGUGAGAUUUCGUCUCGUCCGCAUCAUUUCUUUUCAUCAUCACAUGCAUAUGUAUCAUCAGGACCUUCCUCCGGCGACCAAGCGGGCCACCAAGCUGCUGCCCGUGCCGAGUGCGCCAGCUUUCAGCUCCUUGUCCAGUGGGGCCCACGUGCGGGAGAGGGCCACCAUCGUGCGCAUCAACGCGCCGCCGUCAAAGACAAACACCGAGUUCACCAAGGCGAUGGAGGAUGACAUUGACAAGUACAAUAAUAAGAGGAAGAAGAACAAGUCCAAUGAGCCGUCAUCGUGA